AUGGUGCGUCAACUCCACGAUGGCAUGAUGGCGCGAGUUGCGGACAGUAGAUAUGUCUCAGAGGCAUUUGCGGUGACCAACGGUGUGAAGCAGGACUGCGUCAUCGCGCCCAUCCUCUUCAGUCUUAUAUGCACUUCCAUUAUGACGGGCGCCUAUCGUGAUGAACGCUCCGGGAUUUGCAUCGCCUACAGGAUGGACGGCCACCUCCUCACCCACAGGCGGAUGCACUUCCAGUCACGUGUGUCUACAACCACCGUCAACGAACGUCUCUUCCCCGACGACUGCGCCCUCAACACUACCCGGGAAGAGGAUAUGAAAAGGAGCAUGGAUCUCGUCUCUGUCGCCUGCGAAAAAUUCGGUCCGACCAUCAGCACGGAGAAGACUGCUGUCGUACACUAA